AAACAGAAAAUGACACUGACAGCAAACCAGGAGACAGGUAGUCCUGAAUAUUAAAUAAAAUUCUUGAUGUAAAUAGAAAAUAAUCGCGAAUUAAGUGCUUAAUUAGUGGUGUGAUUAUGAAUUGUGACAAGAUUUAAGUAUUAGUCAUAAGAAAGUAUGACUCAGUUUUACAUCAGUUCUACGUUUUGAUUAUAGAUUUGAUUGCUGUCACAAAAUAUUUUUGAGAAUAGUUUCUUUAGUUUAGUACGUAUUUACUACUUUCUUUCUAUUCUGCAUGCUGAAAAUGCAUAAUUGAAUGUAUAUUAUUUAGAUCAUAAUCUAGACAAUGGUUCUAGUUAUUAAUGCUUGGAAAUCGUGUUGUAUGUCGCACCUUUAUUUCAUUGUAAUGAACUCCAUGCUUUAUAAGAUUUUAUGCUGUGCUCCGUAUUUAUCAUAAAACAUUCGAUUCCAUAAUGAAUUCCAAUAGAAGAAAAGGCAAAUAUUUAAACGAUUUCUACAUAGUGUCGAAGAAUGUACCAGCGACGAAGAAGGUAGAAGAUGGGAAAAAACAACAAAAGACAUUAAUUUUGGGAUCACUUGUUUACGUUCAUGGAUUUGUUGACGAUACACAUGUUGAAUGUAAAGUUGUGUCUUGUGAAGAAGAAAGCAGUGGUUUUAAUGAAGAUGAUGUAUGGAUAUGUCCGAUUACAUUACUUUGUCGCGUUAAUAAAGAUCUAUGGCCGCUUCUCCAAGCUAUCCCUAAACCUACUACCAAAGUUUGCAUUCUGAAAGAUAAAGAAUUGUGUGACGAGCUCACAAAAAUCACAAUAGGCAGUCGCGUAUUCUUUUCAGAUAGUGAAAACUUUGUGAAUUCUUGUGAAGCUGUUGUGAAAUAUAAAGGACCAAUUACAAGAAAAGGACUUGGCACAUUCUACGGAAUAGAGAUUUUGGACUCCGAUUAUUUUGAUUAUUCAGAAAAGAAUGAUGGUUCCUACGCAGGGCAUAAAUAUUUCACAUGCCCUCCAGGACGAGGAAAAUUUGUGUCUGUGAAUAAAUUACGUCUGACCUCAUUUAAAAUGCCCACCAACUCUGUGAUGCAGUUGACAGAUAAAUUCGAGAAUUUAUCAUUAAAUAAUAAUCAGAUUGACAUUCCUAAAAAUGAUGGACGUGGGUUUGAUGGAUCAAAUAUGCGACCAUCUGAUCCACCAUUGAAGGCAGGAGACCGUGUGGUGUGGGUGACAGAUGACGCCAAUAUCGAGGGAGUUGUCAAAUCAUUCGAGUGCAAUGACUUCAGUGUUCCAAUAGUGGAAGUUGAACUUGAUAGUAACAAAGACUAUAGCAAUCCAAUUAGUGAUCGGGCAAAUAGGAGGAAGAGAAUUCCUGCAUUGGAGCUGGUGAAAGCUGACGACUUCUAUGAUAAUUCAGGCUUGAGGAGGACGAAACAACGAACUAAGAGUGAAGGAAGCUCUUCGGGCUAUUACUCGCAGAACUGCACUUGUCGCGAUAUGCCUUGUAACAAAUUUCGCUGCUCCGACUCGUUUCAACAUAAUAAUUUCAACUCAGAGAAAGCUUCCACAUCGAAGGCGGUCAACGAUGUCUGCUUGAACGGCUUGACCGGCAAAGACUUGUGCAAAAUCAUUCGCUGUGACUACAGAGAAAUCAACAAAUUCCCAGUUCCAUCAAAUAUUAAGUCGCAGAAAAUUAUUAAUUCGUCAGGAAAACUUUCGCCGUUUGAUUAUCCCACUAAUCAUGUUGAAGAUGGUCGUUUGAGUAGUAGUGAUUGCAAUUACUAUGACAAUCCAGAACGUGGUGUUUCAGAGACCGAGUCAGACUCAGAACUGUGUGAGGACUCUUUAGUUGAGGUGGAGAUAGAUGAUGAACCACACUAUGGCGUUAUCAGGUGGCUCGGCGAAUUCACUGACCACAAAUCUGGUAGGCCCUAUAAAGUUGCUGGCAUUGAAAUGGAAAAUGAAGACCCCAAUUUUGGUAAUGGAACUUACGAUGGCACAAGAUACUUCACAUGCAAUCCUAAUCGCUCCCACUUCAGCUUGUUGGAGCAUUGCAAAAAGGAUUCGAGGUUUCAGGACUGCCGUCCGAAUAUUGAGGAAAUAAAGAAGAAAGAGUUUGGUAUGAUCGAUUGCCCGGUAGUGCCUGGUAUACGGCAGCCCAUAACCGUGGAUAAAGAUGUCGCGUCGAUUUGUGGAAAGAAUAAAGGCAUUCAAGGUCAUCAUAACUCCUGCUAUCUGGAUGCGACCCUCUUCAGUAUGUUCACAUUUACCAGUGUAUUCGACUCGCUACUGUUCCGGCCGGCUACUAACAACGAUAUACGGCGCUACGAAGAGGUACAGAAGGUUCUUAGAGAAGAGAUUGUCAACCCACUCAGAGAGAAGCUGUUUGUUAGAGCGGAUCGAGUUAUGAAAUUGAGGACCCUCCUGGAAGAACUGAGUUCUGUGUCUGGUCUCACCAGUGAAGAGAAAGACCCGGAAGAAUUCCUGACAUCCCUAGUAACACAAAUCCUAAGAGCUGAGCCCUUCUUGCAGUUCAAUACUGGACAGGAAGCUAAUCAUUAUCAAUUGUUUGUGGAGAAAGAUGAAAAAUUGACAUUCCCAACUGUGCAGCAGCUAUUCGAACAGAGCUUCCUCUCAAGUGAUAUUAAGCUGAAGCAGGUACCCCCUUGUUUGAUCAUUCAGAUGCCCAGAUUUGGCAAGUCUUUCAAAAUGUAUCCAAGGAUACUUCCAUCAUUGCUUUUGGACGUCACAGAUAUUAUCGAGAACUCUCCACGACAGUGCACAGUAUGUGGUGAGUUGGCACGAUUCGAAUGCAAGCAAUGCUACAAUCAGUGCGAUGAAGGCUUACAAAGCAUUUCAUUUUGUGAGCGUUGUCUUGAUAAGGCUCACAGCCACCAUGACAGGACAAAUCACCGAUGGCGACCUCUAGCUGUUCCGCCUGAAUUCGACAAUCUGUCUCCAGACCUGCUCGGCACAAUUCCUCGUCUCUACAUGGAAUUGUUCGCAGUCGUCUGCAUCGAAACGUCGCACUAUGUGGCUUUCGUCAAGUGUGGACCGGGCCCUGAAGCUCCCUGGUGCUUUUUCGACUCAAUGGCUGAUAGAAAAGGUGAACAGAACGGCUACAAUAUACCGGAGAUGGUGGCCUGUCCGAAUCUGCCGUACUGGCUGUCGGAGAAGGGCGCCCACCACAGCGUCAAGGACGACAGGCAGCUGCCGGAACAUGAGAAGCGGUUGCUGUGCGAUGCCUACAUGUGCAUGUACCAGAGCUCCGAAGUUAUGAUGUACAGAUAAACACAUUCGUCUAGAUUACUACUGGCUUUAACACCAUCUAACAUUUAAGGCAUUGUUUCUACAGUGACAUUCACUUUCAACUGUAAGCAUUCAGUUCAACUGUCACAUGGUUCAGUUCAGUUCAAGUAUCAUGCAGUGCUGACAGUUUAAAAUGAAUCUCACUGUUUAUAAUCACUACUUAUAUAUACAUAUUAUUGCUUCCAUUGAAGUGAAGUUAUCUUCAAGUAGUUGAGCACAUUUCUGACAACGAUGUUCAUGCUUCAAGUGAUCGAAUAAAGUGUGUAAUUUACUGUGUCUAAACUUAAAUCAUGUACAGUAUCAUCAUUAUAAAUAUGUGUAUCAUUAUUUUGUUCACACAAUUUCUGACUGUAUGUUCUCACUGGUAUCGUUUCGUAGUUCUGUAGUCGCAUUGAUGUUUUAGUAGGUCGUUUAUUUGUUGAUAGGAUCCGAGAGUAAUUCUAUUCUAUUUAGAUGUCAGAAAGCACCAAAUUUUUUGUAGGAAAAUAAGCUUGAAAGCUGAAGAUGAUGGGCUUUGCGAUCAUAUUCCAGAGGAACUACACAUGUUCCUUAUAAACUCAAAAACAAUGAACAUCUUUUGAUUCAUUGUGAAAUUUUAUUGAAAAGCGGUUGAUUGUACUCCUUGAUGUUAAUCCCUGUAAAUAUGGUGAUUACCUCUGGAACUUAUUCCAGUUCUUUGGGGCCUCAAUAUAAAGUUAAAGUUUCUCUUAGUGCUCCAUGGUUGUGAAAGUGACGCAUAACUUAGCUACAUUUGGACAGUUGUAUAAAUUAGAAUUGGAACCGCUUUAGGCUUAAGCCUGUUAUACUUUUCUGAAUUUUUUUAAAUUCUGAAUGAUUGAAUGUUGGCCGAUAUCUACAUUUUAACACAGCAAGGAGGUCAUGAAAGUCUGCCACCUACUUUGAAUUCCUUUUGUACAGGUUCUGAGUUCUUGCAUAGUCACGUCACUGUUUCAUGUCUUGGAAAGUUUUACUUUUUUGUGAAGUUUUCAAAGUAUAUUGUGAAAUUUGAUGAAAUACUGCAUAAUAUGGUUUUAUUUAGAUUUGUUAGAUAAUAUUAUAUCAACUAGAUCGAAAUAUUGCAACCAGAAAAAUCCAGAAUUUUAGCUCAUGGUGUAUUUGAAAAUUCAUUUCAAUAAGGAAUGAAAUGUUUGACGUGUGUUGGAUUGGAUUUUCAACGUAUGGUAUGUUUUCAAUAGGUAGUUCAAUAUUAAUCAACUUUCAUUUAUAGGAAAACAAAUCAGAAACAUCGAAGACCUCCAAAAUAUAGAGACAAAGAGAGUUGCAAUUUCUCAAAAAACGACAAGCUUGUGGGCAACCAUAACAUUUCUCUAGACCCGUAAAUGAAUAAUUUUCUCUGCGUCUUCCACUUUGUAAGCUUUAUGGAUAAUUAUUUAUUCUUUAUAUUCAAAAAAUGAAUAAACAAUCAAAUACAUCCCAAAAAGCAAAUAUUAUUGUAUAAUGUCUGUAUGUUUUCAUACCCAUCAAUCUGUUACAAUAUUCCAAUAUCAAUAAUUAUUGUAUAUUGUCAAUAUUUAUUGUGUAUAUUGCCAAUAUUGUUAUUAUUCUAUUACUUUCUUGAAAAUGUAUUGAAUGAAUUCGCUACCAUUUAACAAUAUGUUUGCUUUCUUUUGACUUGUAGAUACUUAUAGAAAUAGAAGAGGAAUGGUUUUUCCGAUAUUUUUGAACGAUACAUAGAAUGAAGUAAUUGAUAAAGGUAGGACUAGUUGAAUACUCGAUAAAUGAAAAUAUGAUUGAAAGGGAGAAAUAAAUAUCAGUGAGAGCAAGAAGUUUCAGGAUAACACCAAUGAAAGUUACCAUGAAAGUUGAAUAUUGUACAUUUUACAAAUAAAAAUAAUUUAUCUGAUAAUGUAUCUGCUUUUCAUCUGGUGGACUAUUUCUGGCUAAUUCUGUACAUUCUUUUUUGUUUCCGGAAAUAUUAACAGGGUAAUUAAAUCUAGUUCUGGAAUACCUGUUUUUCAGUAGGAAACGUGUAGACAAUAAUGAUGUCCACCAGUGUUUUAUUAAUACUAUGUUAUGGAAAUUUAGAGAUUGCAGAUUAUAAUUUAUCAGUAUUCAUCCUCGGAAUCAUAAAUAAUAUCUUUGAGCACGUCAUUAUUUACUAUUGAAACUAAAAUAUAGUUAAUAUUUUUCGAAGCUAAUUGAAUGUGGCUGUUAUCAAGAGAAAACGAUAGCAACUAAUAAGCGUGAAGAGUUGCAUUAAUGAAAACAAAUAGAAUAGGCAUUGACGUUUUGUAGAGGUAAACCAUUUUUGAAAACCAAUAUUAUUGAAUAUACAGUUGAUAUAUAUUCUGUUUUCAAUGUUCAAAUGAUUCUAAUUUCGGAAAGAAAUAUAUUUUUAUUGUUGUAUCUUACCUAUAUGAUUAAAACCUAUUUGUGAGAAUCUUAGUUGUUAGGUACGGUUGUCAACUCAUACCAAUAAUUAUUUCACCAACUUCGAUGUACUGCAUAGAACCAAAUAACAUUUAUAAAAUAAACCUAUUAUAACUAAACACACUAAAAGUGUCGAUUCCUAACAGAGUAUUUAUAAUGUUAAUGACUUAUUGUAAUUCCUUGUAGAAUAAUUAUUUAGUAAUGUCAUUUGAUGGUGAAUUGUUUUGUGAUAAACCGUUUUUAUUACCCUAUAAAAUUGGAUGAUAAUGACAUUAUUGUCACAAACAUUGGCUUAAUUUAGUUGUAAGAUUGCAAUUAUUUUCCAUAUUGUAUAGAAGAAUCACUUAACAUUGCUAUGUAAAAAAAUUAUCUUUUUAAAUAA